AUGUCGUCUACCCAAAGGGCUUUGCUCAUCGCAGCCCCCUUUGAGGGCUUGAACGGAACUCUCUAUGAUGCUGAGAGUAUCCUUCGGGUGCUGGAAAGCAAAGGAUUCGACGCCGUCACCUGCUUUGGGGAGAAUGCGACCCGAAGCGGCAUCUUCGAAGCGUGGGAGCGUCUGAUCUCUGAAACUCAGGAGGAUGAUGCGGUGGUGCUCUACUAUUCCGGACACGGCGGGCUGGUGCAAUCGCCCCAAGGCGACAAGUCCGCGGAGGCGGUCGAUAUCACCACACCUUGGAGAUACCAGUUCCUCGUACCGGUGGACUACGAUCAGUCGACAGAGAACGACUUUCGGGGGAUCUUAGACGUCGAGAUUUCGCACAUGCUCCGGCAAUUGACCGAGAGAACCCGCAACGUCACUGUCAUUCUGGAUUGUUGUCAUUCCGGGCGGAUGUUCCGUGCCCCUAUGAUGGAUACCCAGGCGCGCCAGAAAAGUCUCAAGGAUGUUCAGUUCCACCAGGUGGCGCAGCAUAUCACCGCUAUGCAGGGACAGGGCCAGCUUGAAGGACAGAGUUUCUUGACGGGUAAUCCUCACGCCGUCCGAAUCGUGGCGACCGCUCCGUCCGAAUCGGCAUGGGAAUACAUGAACCCGCGGGGCGAGUGGUGUGGCACGUAUACGGAGGCCCUGGUCAAAGUUAUUGAUGACUGCUGGGGUCACGAAAUGUCCUGGAAGACCAUCUUUCUGCGCGUACGACAGCUCGUUAAUAACCGUUUCCCGGGCCAACAUCCUCAGGUAGAAGGUCCGGAGACUCGCGUUCCGUUCUCUCUUCGACAGGCACCGUCUUGCGUCCUGCAGAUCAAGAUUGUCAACGGUCAGCCGAUCAUUCAGGGAGGAAGUGUGCUGGGGGUUCGAACGGGGAACACGUACACUAUUGUUCCUUUGAGUAUGAACGACCAGAAGGUAUCCGGGGACGACUUUCCCGAAGCCACGGUGACAAACGUUGCCGCAUUCAAGGCGAAAGUUAAGCUGUCAUCGAUGCCCUCCUGGUUAUCGCUCAGUAACGUUGGUGCGCUGGCGGUGUUGAAGCGAGAGGCCAUUGAUAAGCAUCCGAUCGAAGUCCCCGAGUCGCUAUCCUUUUUACGACAGCAAGUCGAAGAGUCCACUUUACUUCGAUGCCACACCGCGGAUGAAAGUGACCCGCCGCUUCUCGAAUUUUGCCAGGAGGAUGACUCGUUCGUGCUUCUGAACCAGCAAGGCGUGGAGCUUGGAUCGAGCCCACUGAACGAAGAGGAGAACUCACGUCGGGGCAAGAACCUCAUCAUCACGGCCGAAAGACUUGUCCGCGCUCAGCGCGUGCUGUCCUUGAAGUGCGAAAAACCAGCUGACAAACUUGAUCAUAUGCUGUAUCACGAAAUCGGGGUCGUCGAGGAUGAGGAGCCAACUCGGUCGUCGCAGCUCGGUGGGGAGGACUACCAUGUUUUGGAAAAAGAGUCAGUCUACAUAAAAUUGCACAACAGGGGCAGGGACACUGUUUACGUAUCUGUGUUUGACAUCAACGUUACCGGAGAAAUUUCCUUUAUCACUCAAACCAAUCCGGAGGGCAUCGAGCUACCGGAGCAACGAUCCACUAUCCUGGGCAGUGACGACUUUGGAGAGCUCGAGGGAUUAGCGAUCACAUGGCCCAAGGAUGUCUCUAAGAAGCUCCCGAUUGACGAGCAGUUCUUGCUAAUCAUCACCAAUACACCGAUGGAUGUCCGGUAUCUCGCCGACUCCGUGAACAUUGAGCAUGCGACCGGCCGAGAUGCAGCAAGAGCGAUCAGCACGGCCAAGAUUCAAUAUGACGUAGUGCAUCUCAAGUUCAAGCUGCACCCAGCGGAACAAAAGGACGAGGUACACAAGAUGAACGAGGCCCAGCAGGAACACGGUUUUCCAUCCUCCUGCAUAACCUGCGGCGAGGAGCCGAUUCGCGCCGCGAGCCUACUAGACGUCGAGCACGUCCCGGGGUGGAAUGAGCUGCCGUUCACUCCGCCAACCACAAUGGCGAAGGGUUUGCUUGGUGCAAUUGUUAGAACCGCCCAACGUAUCCCGCCAUGUGUCUGGGUGAUCAACAAACACAGCGAAGAAAUCACCGUGACCAUCUCGAAGUAUCGUCCCAAUCGACUCCUCACCGGUGUGGGUCUGAAUGCCUCUGCGACCGGGGUCGGACUGGACUUCAGCUCUUCAACCUGGGUCGGUCCGGCGACCAAGAAGACCCUCUCUCCUCAAGCCAGUGGAAAAGGGCAGUGCAUGGCCGUUUUCCCUCUCUGGACUCGCAAAGAGGGCUUUGGAGUGAUCAGUGUUUUCCGGGGUCCUCAGAAGGAAUUGUUCAUUGAGAACGACCGCGUGCCGUUGGGAGCCACCAUUUACUUUAAUGGCGACGCAAACUUCGAGAUCGUGGAGUACGGGCGCAGUGAUAGAGGCGGACGGGAUUCGGGCAUUGGCUUGAUCAUUUGA